GUUAAUUAUGAUAUAUUCAUGAUAAAUUAAUUGAAAAGAAAGUAUUGCGUCAGCAGUCAGCACGUUGAUUUGUGGCUCACGCGUAUUGCACUGCUUCAAGAGAGUAGGGAGAAAGGAUGGGAGGUGGCAAUGCCCAGAAAACCAAAAUGGCUCGGGAAAAGAAUCAGGAAAAAAUGAAAGGCGCAAAGGGUUCAGGAAGUCAACUUGACGCCAACAAGAAGGCCAUGAGCAUUCAGUGCAAGGUUUGCAUGCAAACGUUUAUCUGCACGACGUCGGAGGUUAAAUGCAAGGAGCAUGCUGAAGCAAAGCAUCCGAAAGCUGACCUCUUCACUUGUUUUCCCCACCUCAAGAAAUGAUGCAAAACUUAUUAAUUUUAUCACCAAAGAUGGGUUUUGGUACCCUUUUAUGUUCUGUCAAUGUGUUUUGUAUGAAGCUAUUUGGGUGUUGGUUCUGAGAUUACUGUACUGACUGAGUGGCUUGAAACUUUAUAUGGUAUUGGUAUAUGUUCAAUCA